UCGUGGAUGAUUUGUGUUGUGAGUCAUUUUAUUGCUUUGAUCUUUAAUAGAUAUAAAUAAUUUUCUUAAAAUUUUUAUAUAUAUGCAUUUCUAAAAGUUAGUUUAUAUAGUAUUGAUAUAUAUCAUCAGAACUUUUAUGUUCAUGAAUCGAAAAUAUCUGUAAUAUAAUACGGAAAGAAGUUAAAAGUUAGUCAACGAUUGGUGUAUUUGACAAUCGUUUCUCGAUUUUAUUUUAAUUUUGAAUCGAUCAAGAGUGAAACUAAUUGAUAAAUUAUCGAUAAUUACGACUCGCGAAUAUAAUAAAUUAAAAAAAAAACGCAAUAUAUAGUGACGUAUUCGAUUUAAUAAAAAAUUGUAAACCGACAAGACGACCGGCAGUAAACUCUACUCGGAUCUUAAUUUCGCGGACCUGAAUUUUCGAUAAGGUGAUCGUCCUUUACGAAAUGGCCGACAAAAGCGAAUGGGAUUACUCUGUCCAAAAUGGACCGAGCACAUGGGUGUCGAAGUUCCCAAUGGCGGCUGGAUCGAGGCAGAGUCCUGUCAACAUCGAAACCGACAAAGUGGAAUCCGAUCACGAGGCUUUAAGUAGCAAACCUUUGCGCUGGAAAUAUCCAGCAACCGCAUCCCGGAAACUCGUCAAUCCAGGUUACUGCUGGCGGAUGGACACCGAUGGCGAAGGCACAUUUUUAAGCGGUGGACCUUUAAUGGACGACGUGUAUAAACUGGAACAAUAUCACUGUCAUUGGGGAUGCAGCGACUCGAGAGGAUCCGAGCACACUGUGAACGGACAAGCCUUCGCGGGAGAGUUGCAUCUGGUGCAUUGGAACACAAGUAAAUACAACACCUUUGCCGAAGCUGCAAAAGCGUCCGACGGUCUUGCUGUUCUUGGCGUAUUCUUGAAGGUGGGAAAGACGCACGAGGAAAUGGAGAAGAUCGCUCGCCUCUUGCCGUACGUCUCGCACAAAGGCGAAAUCGUAGAAAUUACGGAACCAAUCGAUCCCAGCAAACUCCUUCCCGAUGAUAAUGGCUAUUGGACGUAUCUGGGAUCGUUGACGACACCACCUUGCAACGAAAGCGUUACUUGGAUCCUCUUUAAGAAAUGCAUCGAGGUGUCUCAUCAUCAAUUAAACAUUUUCCGUAAUUUGCGUAAAUUCUCCCGUGGUGAGGAGUGCCCCUGCCAUGAAAAUCAUGGAGCGGUAAUCAACAACUUCCGUCCACCGAUGCCGCUCGGAAAUCGCGUGUUGCGCGAGUGCGGCAGCUUCUGAGCCCGUUCCCUCACGAUGAUGCAUCGAGAUCAGUCGAUACCUGGAGAAAAAUGGCGGGAGAGAAGCGAAACGGCCGCCAUCGUGGUCGACCAUGGAGCGGCCGUGAUGACCCCUCAAAGUAUGCUCGCGAGCCAUGCAUCGUCGUUCAACCUUCAUUCUGUAUCGUGGACCUUUCUCGCCGGGAUAACCAAGUGCCUUCUUUGUCUGUCGAGGAUUUCCGGGAUGGUGGUCGGAAGGAGGGGGAACGAAGGACGGGAAAAGAUUUUCUGCGGGAAAAGCGGAUAGAGAAGCGUGUUGGAUAUGUUCCUUGAGAAAUUUUAAUGUUAUAAGAUUGAAUUUUAAGUAAGAUGAUUGAUUGCGAAUAGUUGAUACAUUGCUGUCCAUAUUUCAACGAGAUUUUUAAUUCAUUUUGAUAUAUGAUUAAUGUUACUUAUUAGAAAGAAUUAUUAUUAUUAAUAUUAUUAAGAAAGAUUAUUGUAUCAAAUAAUUGUUAAAUUUAAAUUGAAUUUUAAAUGAAUCGUAAGAAGAAACUAUGAUAAGUAUAAUAGAAAUUAAUGGACAGCAGUAGAGUUAUAUAAAAAAAGGCAAAAGAAUCGUAUAACGGAUGAAAUUUGAGAAUGAUUUCGAAGGCACUAUGACGUAGAACGUUCGAUGAAUAAGUUUAGAUAGUUAUACAUGCGUGUCUUAUGUGUACGAGUCCAAUAGAUAUAUUGAUAUUCUGUUGUUUGUUUCACGAUCUCGAUGAUAAUCGCAAAAGAAUCAAAUAUGAGAGCAUUUCACCUCGAUUCUAAGUGCAAUUAAAACGUAACGAGAGAAUUUUCGCUUGACUAUUAUAAAAAUAGGGACUAAAUAUUUAGUUGGAGAAUUCUGCGACUGCUUGUUUUAACAAAUUAAAAAUAAGACGUGCCUAUAUAUAUAUAUAUAUAUGUAUAUUCAUUCAUACUAAUGCAGGAUGUAUACACUCGAAUUAUAGCAGACAAUUUUUGCUGAAAAUUUUUAAAUUGAAAUUUUUCAAAUAUUUCAAAUUUACAAUAAAUUUUAAAAAAGAUCCGUCCAUUAUUGGUCGAUUCUCGAUGGAACUAAAAAAUAGAACAGAUGUUGUUUAAAAUUUUAUGUGAUAAUUAUAUGAUAUAAAUAAUUAUAUAUAUAUAUAUAAAUAUAUACUUAUACAUUUACACGUAUAUAAGAGUGUGACGUUCAUAAUUAAUGUUUGCGGUUUGAAUAGUUUAUAAAUGUUCACGAGGAUGUCGAGCGACAAACAUUGACCCUUCAUUGAUAGGGUAAAAUUUAAAUUGUUAAAUUAUAUUUGAUAAAAUGCAUUAAUUUCUGAAAAAUCAUAAAUUUGAGAUUUGGAAUUUUUAAUUAUGAAAUUUUUAUUAAAUUAUUUAUUUCAAUAAAUUCAACAAUGUUCUUACAUUGUUAAGUGCAAGUACAGAAUGUUUAAAAAAUACAUUUUUAGAUACGGUUAGACGAGCAUAAAUAGAGGUGUCAUUUUAUAUUUUUCACGUGAUAAUUACGAUCUUCCUUCUAAGUUUUUCAUACACAAGCGAAAUGCUGACUCGACAUGUCUCAGACUAUGCACGCCUAUGUGCCUUUUUAAUCACCUGUGUGAAAUAACUAUUGUAUAAUGUCGUUAAUAUUAACUUUGGUGUUUGAAAUUAUUGAUAAUUUCAAACAUAGUUAUCUUUUUUGCAUAUUGCAAUUUCCUUUUGUAACAGAUGCUUUCAUCGCGACGACAUCUUGUUUAUUUUUUUCUUUUUUGUUAUAUCAUUUAAUCAAAAUCAGGUAACGGUACAUAAAUAAGUGGGUAUAUUCACAUCAAAAAUUUUUAGAAUUUCCAAUUUGUAAAAAAAAAAAAUUCAAAUUCACAUAUUAUUAUACCCGAUUUUGAUUAAAUAUAUUUAUGUAAUUAUCGGUCAGAAAAUUUAACAGCCUUCUUUGUACCAGAAUAACGAGUGUCAGCUUUCAAUAUGUUAGUUAAACAAGUGCUGAAAGUUUUAUUCUUCCUUCCACUCUUGUUUUCUUCUGAAAUGUAUAUUUUUGCGAUUUAUGAACAUUUAAACUGGAUAUAAUAAUAGAAAAUGUUAAGUAAUGUUCGUUGAGUUUUCGUCUUUCUUGUAUAUUUAUUGUUGAACACGUGAGAAGCAAUCUGUAUAUGUAUUUCGUAGCAUCGACUGUGAUAAAAGAAAUGUAAGAAAAAUGGUAAUAAAGGAUUGCGAGAGAUCUCGCGAUAAUAAUACAUUUA